AUGGACCCCAACCUCAUCGCCAACAUGAUGCCAAGCUUCUCAGCCGGAGUCCCACAGUUUGUGGCCUUCAAUCAGACGUUCUCCCAAGUUCCCCCUCCUCCGGUCCAGAUACCUCUCCCGGAAGCUCCGACCUUUUCACCAUCUUCCAAUUCAAUUGACGGAACGCAAUUACCCUCAAGGGCCGAUAACAACCACCAAAACAAUGUACAUAGUGAUUGGACUCAGCAUAAAUCGCCCGAGGGGCGAAUAUACUACCACAACUCGGUUACCCAGGAGUCCUCGUGGGAGAAACCCGACGAGAUGAAGACUUCGGAGGAAUUGCUCCUAUCCAAAUGCCCUUGGAGAGAGUAUAAAUCCGAAUCCGGUCGGCUCUACUACUACAACCUGACCACGAAGGAGAGCAAAUGGACUAUACCCGAUGAGCUAAAAGAAAUCCGAGCGCUGAUCGAGGAGAAGGAGAAAAACAAGCUAUCCGCUCGACUCGAUCUGCCGAAUUCAGCUUCGGGAACACCGACGAAUAACUCUCCCGUGGUCUCUGCCGGGGAUCAAGGCGAUGAAGCGAGCAGAAACUCUUUCCCACCCGACGAAGAUUCCCAGUCGAACCUGGAAGCGCCGCAGGUCGAGUAUAAGGACAAGAAGGAGAUGACGGAGGCGUUCAGGAGUCUCUUGAAAGAGCGCAACGUGCCCAGUAAUGCAUCGUGGGAGACCGCCGUCAAACUGAUAUCCGUAGAUCCUCGGUACACGCAACUGAAGCGACUUCCAGAACGGAAGCAAGUCUUCAAUUCAUACAAAACACAGAGAGCCAAGGAGGAGAAGGAGGAACAACGAAUGAAAAUCCGGAAAGCCAAAGAGGACCUCGAGCAAUUCCUCCUGAACUCGAAGGAAGUCUACACGAACAUGCGCUACAAGAAAGCUUGCGAGAUAUUCAUCAACGAUCCAACGUGGAACGCGGUUUCGGACCGUGAGCGCAAAGACCUCUUCGACGACAUCCUGAGAAUUGUCGCGAAACGUGAUAAGAUUCAGCACCGUGAAUUGCGCAAGAAAAACAUGCAGAGUCUGGGCGAUAUUCUCGAUUCGAUGACCGAGGUCUCGUAUAAAACCACGUGGCAGGAGACCCAGACGCUGCUCCUCGAUAACCGUACCUUCUCAGAGGACGGUGAGCUUUUGAACAUGGACAAAGAGGACGCUCUGACCAAAUUCGAAGAACACAUAAGGCAGCUCGAGAAAGAACACGAACAAGAGAAGGAGCGGGAGAAGCGAAUCAUUAAGCGGUCUCAGCGUAAGAACCGCGAAGCAUUCCAAGCAUUUCUCGUGGACCUCCACGAGAAGGGCAAAUUGACCUCGAUGUCGCUCUGGAGUGAGCUCUACCCGACCAUUCGGAGCGAUCCACGAUUCAAUAACAUGCUCGGUCAAGCCGGCUCAACCCCUCUAGAUCUCUUCAAAUACUUCGUUCUUGAGCUCAAAGAACGACUCAAUGAUGAGAAAAAAAUUAUCAAGGCGAUAAUGCGAGAGAAAAACUUCACGGUCGAAGUAGACACCGUUUUCGAGCAGUUUGUGACUGUCAUCUCGGAGGACAAGCGGAGUGCGACGCUCGACGCGGGAAACGUGAAGUUGACGUAUGCUCAUCACAAAGAUAAGGCUCUCGCGCGAGAGAGAGAACGAGUGAAAGAGGAACAACGCAAGAUCAAGCGAGCCGAGGCUGCGUUCCGGUCAAUCAUCCGAAACCUCAACCCGCCGGUGGAGUACAAUACGCUUUUCAAAGAUAUUCGCCCUCUGAUCGAGGAUCAUCCUGAUUUCCACGCACUUCCGGUCGAAGCCGAUCGUAUCCGAGUCUUCACCGAAUACACGACCGCCCUAUUAGAAGCUUGCAGCCAUCACCAUGGCCGCAAAAAGAGCAAGAAAGCCAAACACAAACGAAGCCGCUCUUCCUCCCGAUCGAGCGUAUCUUCGGCGGGAAGCUCAGAGUCGUCCCAGCGUCGGCGAAGGAAGAAGAAGAAGAAGUUCCCAUCGAGAAGUCCCUCGCCCAAGAAAAGCCGAUAUCUGGAAGCAAGUCCGUCGCCUUCGAAACGUUUCUCGCCCAUCGAAGAAGAGAGUCAGAAGGCAUCCGAGAAAUACCGACAUUACCGAGAAGCAACCCCAGAAGAGGGAGAAGUCACUCACAGAGAAACGAGUGAAGCACUGUCCGAGAUAGAGUUGGAGAACCGAAGGCAGGAGCUUCUGGCACAACUUCAUUCCGGGACAACUCCAGAUGAAGUCUCCGAUUGA